AUGUUCAACACCACUGUCCUGGACACAACCACAGUCCAUCAAGUUACAGACAGCAUCAACUCUUCUUCUUCCAACAUCCCACCCUGCCCCAAAAAUGACGCCUUCAAGUACCCAUUGUACAGUACGGUUUUCAGUAUCGUGUUCGUGGUGGGGCUCAUUACAAACGUGGUGGCGAUGUAUAUUUUCACUUGCACGCUCAAGUUGCGAAACGAAACCACCACGUACAUGAUGAACUUGGUGGUGUCGGAUCUUCUGUUCGUCUUCACGCUACCUCUACGCGUUUUUUAUUUCAUCAACCAGCACUGGCCGUUUGGAAGCAUGCUUUGCAAAGUUUCCGUCUCUCUGUUUUAUACCAACAUGUACGGAAGCAUUCUGUUCCUCACGUGCAUCAGCGUGGAUCGAUUCCUCGCCAUUGUGCACCCAUUUCGCUCCAGAACUUUACGGACCAAACGCAACGCUAAAAUUGUUUGCAUGGCGGUUUGGGUGCUGGUGCUGUCGGGGAGUCUUCCUACGGGUUUCUUGCUAGACACUACGUCGACGUCAAAUGAGAACAAGACAAACUGUUUCGAGAACUUUUCUUCCAAGCAGUGGAAAUCCCAUCUCUCCAAGGUGGUCAUAUUCAUCGAAACGGUCGGCUUUAUCAUUCCGUUGCUUCUCAAUGUUUGCUGUUCCAUCAUGGUUCUGCAGACGCUACGCAGGCCGCAAACCGUGAGCCGCGGCGGGAAGCUUAACAAGACCAAAAUUCUGCGCAUGAUAAUCGUGCACUUGUCGAUCUUUUGCUUCUGCUUCAUACCGUACAACGUCAACUUAAUCUUCUACUCGCUAGUCCGUACCAAAACGUUAGGAGGGUGUUCUGUGGAAUCGGUGGUACGGACUAUCUACCCCAUAGCUCUUUGCAUUGCUGUUUCAAACUGCUGCUUCGACCCGAUUGUGUAUUACUUCACCUCAGAAACCAUCCAGAACUCCAUUAAAAGAAAAAAUACUGUCACUCGCUCUGAUGUUAAGUUCUCCGAGGCCCUGCAGUCAGAAACCAGCUCCAACCUGCAGUGCAGCCUGAGGAAUCUUAAAGCCAAAGUUUUCCACAAUGAGUCUUCAGUAUGA